AUGCUGUAUUGGGGUUGAUGAAAAAUGCAUCCAAUAAAACAAAGUGUAAACCUGAGACAGGUGUAGUUGCGCGCGUGUUGAUUGGUGGAGCGUGGAGGGGCGUGGCAACAUAAACUGGUAAUCCUCCCCUUUGGCAACUACAUGAAGUUCAUCAAUAGCUGCAUCGGUUCAUGUCCGUGUCCGGCCGUGGCUGCGCGCUCUGGUGUGCGGGACACAAACACUGACAGGCUGAUUGGACCCGAACCUGCUCCCAGGGACGAUGUCAGGGAAUAACUGGGGCUAUGGAAAAGACAACGGUCCUUCUUUAUGGCACAAACAGUAUCCCACUGCCAAGGGGAACCGACAGUCUCCAAUAGACAUCAUCCCUCAACAACUUUCACAAGACCCCGGUCUCGGUCCAGUGGUACUUAACUAUGACCAGUGCACAUCCAUCAACAUCUCAAAUAAUGGACACUCUGUAGUUGUGGAGUUCGAUGACUCGGACGAUCGUUCAGUGAUCCGAGGAGGCCCUCUUGACAACCCCUACAGGCUGAAGCAGUUCCACUUCCACUGGGGUGGAAAGGGCUGCCAUGGCUCUGAGCACACUGUUGCAGGAAAUAGUUAUGCAUCUGAGCUUCAUUUAGUCCACUGGAACGCCGUCAAGUACAAGACGUACGGGGAGGCGGCCGCAGCUCCCGACGGCCUCGCUGUUCUGGGCAUCUUUUUAGAAACAGGUGACGAUCACAGAUGGCUCCACGCAAUCACAGACGCAUUGUACAUGGUGAAAUUUAAGGGCAGUAUCACGGAUUUCAAAGGUUUCAACCCCAAAUGCCUCCUCCCCAGCAGCCUCCACUACUGGACCUACCUGGGGUCCCUAACCACACCCCCACUGCAUGAGAGCGUCACCUGGAUCAUCCUGAAAGAGCCAAUCACAGUCUCCGAAAGACAGCUGGGCAAGUUCAGAAUGCUCCUCUCCACGGGUGAGGAAGAAGAUCAGAGGAUCCGCAUGGAAAACAACUUCAGGCCUCCCCAGCCUCUCAAAGGAAGGAAAGUACGUUCCUCUGUUUAAUGUGACCUCAAGAGGUUUGGAAGCGUUGAUGACAGAAGCUCUUUUAGAUGGCAGGGUAAGCUUCAAUGAGUCUUGUAUAUUCUUAUGUGGGGAUUUCUGACUUGCUUUGCGCAGAAGAGGUCGUUUUUAUUGCUGUCUGUACAAUCACAUGUAUGGUCUGAACCUAACAUGUUGUCUUUUAACCCUUUCAGGCAAAAAGCACAUUGUGAGGCAAUGUCAUGAAUAGCAUGUUGCUGUGAUAAGUUAUCAAAUCUAUAUUUUAUUUAUGCAGUAGUAAUAAAUAAGUAAUUCCCAUGUGUACCCAUAACAGGUAAAGCCAUAUUGUUGCUGUUUGCACAGUGGUAUCUCACUGCAUCAUUUGCUGAUAGUCUCAGGGUGCUCGCAUACAUACAUGUAUCAUAGCAGUUGAUCUCAGUGAUCCAGUUUACUGCUGGUGCAUUCCCAGUCCUUGAGGCCAUAGAUCCCUUUCUGUCCAGCACUGGGAGCGGAUUACUGUGUGUACUGUAUUUUAAGUCCUUUGGUCAUAAGAGGAUACUUGACUCAGCAGACAUAUAUUGACCUAUGGGUCAUAUAUUCCUGUCAUAUAUAUAUUACUGUUAUCGUCAAGUAUUUAUCGUGUUGGAUUUUUAAUAAUUAUCCACCAGCCCUAACAGCAACUGUUUUUAUUGAAUAUUUUUCAUUCUGAGACUAAAAGACAUUCUGCUAAACAAGGUUGCACCUACAUAUUCAGCAUGUAUGUAAGCACAGUCCAGUACUGUAUGUGUGGUGAAUGCCUCACAGAGGCCCCGUUGUCUCGUUUGGGUGACUUGUGGCAGCUUUGUGUAAUGCUGGUUCAGAUUUAGACGGACCUGGGUUCUACUAAUGCUGAGUUAUAGCACGGCAGUAAACCUACUGUACAUGAUUAAUGGCGCCUCGGCUGUGACUGUUUAACAAAAGACCAUUACAAGUGUAAUUUAUGAGUGGUUUGAUUAUUUUUGCAAACAGUUCAAAGUCCUGUAAUGUUUGAAAUAAUGAAAUAAAAUCCUA